UCGUGAUUCGCCUGUAAUCCCACUUUGCUGAUCCCCAGCUUCACUACCAGACUGUACUUCACUCUUCAUUUUUUUUCAAUUAUUUUUGACCAGUCUACUGUACAAAACUUCAUUACUCAUUAGUUCUAUUUUUUUUUAUUUUUUUUUUUUUCCCACUUUCACCAUAUUCUCUAUAUCACCAACUCCUCCUUUUUUCUCUCUCCUUUUUUUUUUUGGGUUUUCUGGGUCCAUCUCAAAAUUCCCUAUUUUUCUUGCUUUCUCUCUCUAUUAAUCACUGAAAUUCAAGUGUUUUUUUUUGUAGUUGAGCCGCUUUAAAUGAGAGAAAGAGAAACUCUCAUUUAAUGCUGAAUUCCUCAUACUAAUAUCGGUACAAAUCGUCGUUUCAUUUCGGUUUACCGACGCUUUUCUUUUUCUACGUCGUUUUCUCAUGAAUAAAUUAACUAAACCCAAAAUUGCCAUAAAAAUCACACUGUAAUCUCAACUGGGUUUCCUUCUACAUUGGUGGGUUUCUCUACAUUUUCGCCUCCCCUGCUUUUAUCUCGAGUGUUAUUGUCAACCUCUCCUUCAGAUGUAAUAUAAGUCAUAAAAGGACUUCUUAUUGGGACAGAUCAAAUAGCAACACCACUCAUGGUUUCAUCUCUGCAUCUAGCAUUAUCUUAAUAUAGCAUCAGCAGAAAAGUCCACCAUGAAGCGCAAAUCCUCUUUAGAACUCUCUGUCUUUCUUCUCCAAGUUGCUAUCCUCCCCCUCAUUUGUGCUGACUUGAACUCAGACAGGCAAGCUCUUCUUAAUUUUGCUGCUAAUGUUCCACAUAGCCGAAAGCUCAACUGGAAUGUUGCUUCUCCAAUUUGCACCUCUUGGGCUGGUAUUACUUGCAAUACCCAAGGAACCCGUGUUGUUGCUGUCCAUCUCCCAGGAAUUGGGCUCGUUGGCCCGAUACCAUCUGGCACCAUUGGGAAACUAGACGCCCUUGAAAUCCUAAGCCUGAGAUCAAACAGCCUCAAUGGGAAAAUUCCUACUGACAUGUGUUCUUUAACAUCACUCCAUUACUUAUUCCUUCAAUCAAAUAAUUUCUCAGGGAGCAUUCCCGAAACUCUUUCUCCUGGACUUAUGGUGUUGGAUUUAAGCUUCAACUCCUUCACUGGAAAUAUUCCUUCAGUUAUCAACAAUUUGACAAGGCUUAUGGUGUUGGAUCUCCAAGAUAAUUUGCUUUCAGGUUCUGUUCCUGACCUUAAACCCCCGAGGCUCAAAUUUUUAAACAUUAGCUACAACAAGUUAAAUGGUGAAAUCCCAUCUUCACUUCAGAAGUUCCCUAGUUCAUCAUUUUUGGGGAACCCCUUAUGUGGGCCACCUCUGGACAGUUGCUCCUCCAGUGACCUAUCACCUGCUCCAGCUUCCUUGGUGUCUCCAUCAACACUCCCCAUGAAAAGCAAAACUGGCAAUAGCAGGAAACUCAGUAUAGGCGCCAUAAUUGCUAUUGUAGUAGGCAGCAUUGCUGCGUUGUUUCUUGCUAUAAUGAUAAUCUUAUUAUGCUGUUUGAAGAAAAGAAGUGUAGAAGAUAGUGCAGUUGAUAAAGGGAAAGAAGUUAAUGUGAAGAAGGGCAAAAACCAAAUGCCAAAGGAAGACUUCGGGAGUGGUGUGCAAACAUCUGAAAAGAACAAAUUGGUAUUCUUUGAAGGCUGCUCUUAUAACUUUGAUCUGGAGGACUUGCUUAGAGCUUCAGCGGAAGUUCUUGGGAAAGGGAGCUAUGGAACAGCAUACAAAGCAAUUUUGGACGAGGGAGUUGUUGUGGUGGUAAAAAGGCUGAAGGAGGUGGGAAUUGGCAAGAGGGAAUUUGAACAGCAAAUGGAGAUGGUUAGCAAAGUUGGUCAACAUCCAAAUCUCGUGCCUCUUCGGGCUUACUAUUUCUCCAAGGAUGAAAAACUUCUAGUGUAUGAUUUCAUGCCUGGUGGUAGCUUAAGUGCAGUCUUGCAUGGCUCUGGCUAUAAUGGAAAGACUCCCCUAGAUUGGAACUCUAGAAUUACAAUUGCAUUAGGAGCUGCACGAGGAAUACUCCAUGUCCACAGUGAGGCAGGGGGAAAAUUUAUCCACGGAAACAUUAAGUCCUCGAAUAUUCUCCUCUCACAAGAUCACGAAGGUUGCAUCUCUGAUUUCGGCUUGCCUCUGUUGAUGAAUUUCCAAGGCAUCACCUCGAGGAGCAUAGGGUACCAUGCUCCAGAAGUGAUAGAAGCAAGAAAAGCCAGUCAAAAAUCGGAUGUUUACAGCUUUGGAGUACUUGUGUUGGAGAUGCUUACAGGGAAAGCCCCUCUUAAGACAAGCCAUGGACAAUGUGAUGUGAUUGAUCUCCCUAGAUGGGUGCAGUCUGUAGUGAGAGAAGAGUGGACUUCUGAGGUAUUUGAUGUUGAGCUGCUAAAGAGUCCAAAUGCCGAAGAGGAAAUGGUGCAGAUGUUACAGAUAGCAUUGGCUUGUGUUGCUAGAGUUCCUGAUAUGAGGCCUGUAAUGGAAGAUGUGGUCAGAAUGAUUGAGGAAAUUAGACCAUCCGAGUCAGAAGAGAGACCGUCUUCUGACGAGAACAAGUCUAAGGACUCUAACGUUGGAACCCCUACCCCUUGAUUUUCCCCAACGCUCUUAGCGUUAAGAGUUAAAUCCAGAUCUCAGAUUUGUCAUUGGAGACAUGAAAUGUGAUUUUCUGAUUGCAGGUGAUAAUGAUUAUUCCUAAUUUACGCAAAUUUUCUAGGCUUGUGCAACUGUUUGUUGAGCAGAUAAGCUUCUUGAGAGUGAUGUCAAAUUGCAUUGAUGCAAAAAGAAUACGAAGUACUACAUAUGUUUGAUUAUGAGCUAUGUAUGAAUUAUGCUUUGGCAUUUGGUGUUAUCUUUUGUUAAAACUACUGCAA